UCGCCGAAGCUGUCCCUCCCACCCAUCCUCGCCCCUAAUCUUCCUGAGACAGGGAGGAAGGAGGCGGCUAGAAUUCAAUUACUGCUCUUACUGGCCGUAAGAGAGCCCCGUGGUGGGCGUGGCUUCAAGGCGGGGGGAGGAGGAGAUAGAACGCUCCACCCCUUCACGUCUCAUAGCAACGGCUUGGCGCUCGCGACUGGAUGUUGUAGGAGCUUUCCAUAACCGCUGGGAAUUCUUCCGCAUCCUGGAGCUCUCGGACUACCAUUAAGUCGCCCGAGGUCUCUGAGAGCACCCGAGAGAGAUGGUGUUGACUGGCCUUUCUUGCCCUUUGGGCUUUUCUUUCCUGCCGGUAGUUGUGACGGUGGUCCUGUCGCAAGACAGCUUUGACAUCCCGGUCUGCAGCUAUGAAUUAAUAGAAACUGGGAAGAGUGAACAUGCUAAACAGUACCUAAUAGAGAAUAUCCUAUAUUAUGCAUAUAAAGACCCACAAAUUAUUAAGCAUCCAUGUAACCAAAAACUGGCUCUGUAUAUGGGAAAGAGACUUUUUUUAACUAAAGAUAAUUUUCGUAGAAGCCUAACUCCACUUAACAUUCCCUACAAGUUUAAGGUUGGAAUUCCAAAAGUAACAUCAGCUAUUUUUUCUUCUUCAAAGUUAUUAUUAGCAAUAAAUGGAAAUGUUUUUGGUUAUGAUUAUGAAGAUGAUAGCUGGAUUGCUAUUCUAGACACACAAGAACAACUUGCAAAUAUUUAUGCAGAGUAUUGUUGCUAUAGUGAUGAUUACUCUUGCACAUCUAUAAGUAAUCUUGUUUUAGUAUAUACCACUGGAGAGCAUAUAUCUAAAGCACACGUAUACUUGUCAAACAGUCUGGGAUUUCACUUUGAAAAAUUAGAGUUACCACAAAUGAAAACCCUUGAUGGAAUUUUGGAAGGUUUCUUUUUCUUUCAUUCCAUGUCCAAAUAUGCAAUGCUCUUAAGGACCGGUAAAGUGGGAAGGUUUGUUUAUACAGAACCCCCUCUAAAUGAAAGCUGGGGAAUGCCUUUUGAGAUGUCAGGACAUAUUAACAUCAUAAAUCUUUCAGAUUUAAAAGGUUACUUGAUUCUCUGGGAUGAAAAACACCUGUUUUUCACAAAUAACUGUGGUCAGCUUGUGGAAGAGAUUCCGAUUAAAAAUGAUAAGGGCAUUAAGUACGAGUCCCUUGCACAUUCUCUAAACCAAGUCUCCAGCAUUACUGGCUUUGAAAAUGAAUUGGCACUUCUAACCAAGAGUCAAAAGUUUUUUUAUGGCACUCUGGGAUUGCUAUCAACUUCUCUAAUUGAUAUUGAAGAUGAUGGUAUUGGGCUCAAAGAAGCAGCAAUAAUGUUUGAAAGUGUUGGAAAUAUUCUUAUAGUAGUUCCAGAAUUCUUCUAUCAAGACCCAAUCUUUGAUUUCUCUAUAUGUCCAUUGAAUAUCCAGUAUUUGCUCAUGGAUCUUGAGAUUGGCUUAAAAACUUGCAAGGCAGAAAUUUUGCGUGGAAAUUUUAAUAAAAAACUGUUUGUCCUAGACAUGAAUGAAACCUUGAAAUUGUCUGCUACACUGGUGCCCCAACCAUCCCAAUCACCAGUUCCAGUGAUAACUGUCAGUAAUCCUCACUCUCUUGGGUUCAAAGUAAAAAUGUACGAAGAUGGCUAUACCUAUGAUGGAAACACAAUAUUUACCAUAGACAUUUUCCUGAUGCAGCAGCAUGUCUCAGGCCGGGCUCAUGGGAGCUUCAUUUCCAACAUGAAGACUGCCACUUUAUCCACUAUUACUCUGGAUUUAAUUGACAGAGGAAUGUCCUGUAUUGACUUACAACCUCAGAUAGGUCUCAUUUCCAUUGGUUGUAACUGGAACAAAAGGAUCAUCAUUCGUAGGGAUCUAACUGCAUGUAUGAAAAAUUUCCUGAAACCUGAAGAGCUAGAGGAUAAUUAUACUUAUAUCCUUGAAAAGACAUCAUAUGAUGGUAGCUAUCAUUCUCGAAAGCAGCCAAAUAAUAAGGACCUGAUUGUGGAGUAUGAGUAUGAGAGACUGGGAUGUCCACUCCUGGUCUAUUAUAACAGUCCAUGGAAACCAGUGAUUGAAUUGUGGAAAGAAUCAAAUUUUGUGGAAGUUGUUAAAACAGAAUUUAUUCUCAUAGAACGAAAUGGAUUAUUUACUUACAACUAUUCCCUGACUGUUGGCAAAGCUUUGUGCAAAUCACAAGCUCAGAGUUGGUCUUCUAUGAUAGAUGCUUCUUCUAAGAAAGAUUUGAAUGCAUGGAAUAGAGAGAAUUAUGUCAACUGCCAUGAACACAAUGAAAAAGCUCCAUUGCUAUCGCCUCAAGCUGAAUACCAGAUUCUUGGGGGCUCGACAUCUAAUAGUAUUAUAUUUAAUCAAAGAAAUGGGAUUUAUAUUUUUCUCCUGCGUAUUGUGGAUCCCUAUUAUAGCUACUGUGAUUUGACUACCGUCUUCAGUGUAUAUGUCUAUGGUGCUUUCCCAAAACAGACUCUACCUGACUAUAUAGUUGCCCUGUUGAUAAUAUGUUUCAUGCUCUUUUUACUCUGGCUUGGAUACUUCAUUCCAAAACUGACAAAAUCACAAUAUGGAAACAGAUUUAAAUUAUUUUGCCGGAAUUUAUGCCCCAGGAGUAAGGAAAAAAGAGGGAAAUUUCAUAUAACUAAGUUAAAGAAAUAAGGCAUUCAAAUGCAUGGUUGUUAUUUUUAUUAAAAUAUUAUAGGGAAAUGUUAUUACAAUAAAAUAAAUUUGACUUUUCUUAAAUUUUCUCUUGAUUCCAAUUUACAAAUAACCUUUUCUCUCCCUCCCACCUCUUUUCCCCAGUGAGAGGGAAAAAACAAGAAAAACAAAACCUCUGCUAGAAGGAUGUAGAAUCAAGAGAAAUUUUUAAAUCCCUAUAAGCCCAUGUCCCAAAACAUAUGACUCAUUGUACCCAUUUAAUCAUCUCUGUCAAGUGGAUAGAGUUCUAAAUCAUUAAUCUUCUGGAAUCAUGGUCAAUCUCUGUAAGGAUCAUAGUCUUUCAAAACUGUUCAUUUUUGUAAUAUUAUAGCAUAAAUUAUAUCAUAAAUUGUUCCCCUGGUUCUACUCAUUUCAUUAGCAUUUGUUCAAAUCAAGGUUCAAAUAACAUUGCUUCCUCCACCUAUUCCUUAUUUGAAUAGACUUCUAAUUGUAUCCCGAUUUUGUGACCUAAGUUCCCUCCCAUAUUUCUCCUGCUUUCUUUCUGUCUUCUCCCUUUUUUACUAACAUAAAUAGGCAGUUUUAAGAGCUAAUAAAGUUACCAAGAAUAUAUGGAAAAAAAUACCCUUAAAUCACUAAUAAUUAGAGAAAUGCAAAUUAAAACAACUCAGGAACUUCUCUAC